AUGAUAAGCAGCAAUGAUGAAGAUGUGACUUCAUGGUUGUAUGGUUUCAAAUGUGGUGGUGCCGCUGCCAGUGUUGAAGACAGCAAUUAUUUUAUGGUGAAAAUUGGAAUUGUUUAUACCAACUCCUUCAGUCGUGUUCUUAAACGAUUUUACGACGAACAGAGAGCUUUCAGAUCUGAUAUGAAUCUUAAUAUACACAUUCCUGUGAAAUACAGAGAGGAGGCUGAACGGGUACCCUCAUCAGGAAGUAAAUUUACUGGUGCGCAGGGAGAACUUCGCUUGACCUACCUCGACGAGCUCAUCAGUGCAUUACGAAACCCGAGAGAUAACAUGGAUUCUAGACCUUCUGAAAAUGUCAAUCAAUUACUGGAAUUCGAUGACUUGAUGUUUAUUCUUCCCUUUUUACCUAAUGUUGACACACAUGAAAUUCGUUUGUGUGAAUCUGUUUGCCGAUAUGCCUUUGGUGGAGCCAUUUUGUCCGAUUUUAAAAUAGCAGCUGAAGCGCACAAAAGACAGCGUGACCCAGCCAGUACUACUUUCACAAUACCAUUUACGGAAUUAGUACUUUGCCCUGAAAAAAUUUUUGACGACACUCGAUCCUUAUUUAUCGCGGAGGCGGUUCGAACUGCACAAGCUCUGUGGAAAGCUAUACCAAGUUCCACUUUCCAUAAUCUUCACAAAAACACGGGAAAUGGUAACACCACUAAAGUCACACUUUUUUGGAACAUCCAGAAUCAACAUUCCGCCAAACAAUCUAUUUUAUUUUCUGUUAAGACUCCAAUCACAAGAGAUAUAUUAAAGUUUCGAAGUUUCAAUGACGCCGAUGUAUCUGACUCCGUUGCAAAAUCACCUGAAUAA